GGAGAAUUACAUUUGCCAGCCCAGCAAAUAAUUAACUUUCGUGGUUUUUUUCCUAACCAUUAUCUUCCCUUGGUGCAAGAAAACUUAACCAUUAGUCAGUUUCCCUUGACUAAUAUUCACUUUCGUAAACCCGCCCUCUUUACUCUUCUUGACAUGGAAAAAAUGCGAGAGAAGGCCGAAAACAGAAAAAAAAUGUUAACACCCCAAUUGCCUGAUGAUAUUAAAUACAGUUUUGCUGACGUGGGUGGUUAUAGAAAAGCCAAAGAAGAAUUAGCUGCCACUGCUUCUGCUAUAAAAAGAAAACCACACAUGAAAGUUCCUUGCGGAUUUAUUCUUUAUGGUCCGCCGGGAACCGGAAAAACUAUGCUGGCUAAAGCUUUUGCCAAAGAAGCUAACUUGCCUUUCUUUAUGGCCGCAGGAAAAAACUUGGCCGGCGAUAACUUUGUGCAACAAGAAGUAAUGGGG